AUGGGAAUAGGUGUAUUUAAACAUUGCAACAAUAUUGAAUCGAUUACUCUUCCCAGAAGUCUUACUAGUUCAGAUGCUUUUGUAUUUUAUGAAUGCUCAAAUAUCAAACAAGUAAUAGUUCAAGUACCUGAAAACUUUGUCUCUCAGAUGUCUGUUUUUGUGGGUUCUUCAAUAGAUCUAUUAAUAUUCCAAACUCCAAUAUCAGAUAUUGUUUUUGGUGAUAGAGAGAGCAUGAAAAAUGCUGCGAAAACAAUAAUUUUUGAUCUCCCUAAACCUGAUUCAAGUACUUCAGAACUGAAAGCAUUUAAAGAUCUUAUUAAUUUAACAUUCAUUCAUAUCAAAAAUAUUAACAAUCACCCCAUUCCAUAUAAUUUUGUUACUGCAGAUAAUGUUUCUAUUUUAGUUGAACAAAAUGGAAUUAGUAUUAACGAAACAGCAUUUUCAGAAGCCAAUAUUUUUAACUUCACAUAUCUUGGAAAAGAUCCAAUUCCAGGAGAUUUCUUAGUUAAUGCACGUUCUUGUGAACAUGUUUACGUCACAAGAUCAUACACCUCGGACAAACUUGGAGGUCUUUAUGUCACUGUACUUGAUGACCUAGAACCAACUCCAGAGCCAGAAGAAACUUCAAGUUCUUCAUCCUCAUCAUCAGAAGAAACAACAAGUUCUAGUUCUUCUUCAUCAGAAGAAACAACAACAAUACUAGUCAGUUCUUCUUCAUCAGAAGAAACAACAAGUUCUAGUUCUUCUUCAUCAGAAGAAACAACAAGUUCUAGUUCUUCUUCAUCAGAAGAAACAACAAGUUCUAGUUCUUCUUCAUCAGAAGAAACAACAAGUUCUAGUUCUUCUUCAUCAGAAGAAACAACAAGUUCUAGUUCUUCUUCAUCAGAAGAAACAACAAGUUCUAGUUCUUCAUCUUCAUCAGAAGAAACAACAAGUUAUUCUUCAUCUCCAUCAGAAGAAACAACAAGUUCAAGUUCUUCAUCUCCAUCAGAAGAAACAACAAGUUCUUCUUCAUCUUCAUCAUCUCCAUCAGAAGAAACAACAAGUUCUUCUUCAUCUCCAUCAGAAGAAACAACAAGUUCUUCUUCAUCUUCUUCAUCUCCAUCAGAAGAAACAACAAGUUCUUCUUCAUCUUCAUCAUCUCCAUCAGAAGAAACAACAAGUUCUAGUUCUACGUCUUCAUCAACAGAAAAAGAAGAAACACCAAUAAUUGACCCUAAGACUCCAAUUCCUCCUCCAGUUAAUUCAUCAGCAGCAAGCCAAAACAAUACCGUCGAAGAAUCAUCUACAAACAGCAGCAGUGGAAACAGUGAUCCAAACAACAGCAACAAUGGUGGCAGCAGUAACAGUGCAGGCAACACUGCCGGAAUUGUUUGUGGUGUUGUUUUAAUUGUUGCCAUGAUUGUUGUUGUCAUCUUUGUUGUUUACAAGAUGAAGUGUGCCAAAGAUGGUAAACCAGAUGUUGAAGUUGGUGAUCAAAACACUAUUCUUAAUCAAAAAGUUGAUUUAAUGGUUAAACAAAAGUUAGAUCAACUUGUUAAACAGAAAGUCGACAAAAUUGUUUCUGAGAAAGUUGAUGAGAUUGUUACAUCACGUCUUGAAGAUGUCGAGAGUGACAAUUACGAUUAUGAAAGCCAUGACCUUAAUUAUAGUGAUGAAGAAGGUCACACAAACGAAGAUUUUAUUUUACCCGAUAAGAACAAUGAUUCAGAUAAUAUUAUUCAAUUAUAA